GCGGCAACGACACACAUGUAUUCAGUGGUGAAUACCAUUUUAUAUGUGCCGAAAUUAGUGAGCAUGGUAACACGGUGCAGCAACUCGGUAGGACGAUGGCGAGUGUUUGUGGACUGAGGAUAUGGCGUAUACAUAGAUUGGCCUUGUCGACAAAUUCCUGCAACUGUUUUUCGACACAGCCUCCAUCGGCUGUAACUACAAUAUCAGGUGUUGUGAAUAAACUUACUAAAUAUUUAUAUGAAGGAAAGUAUAGCCGUAUUCACGAUAUCGGGAAACCAUCGUUUAAACAAACAAUCGAAUUGAUUUCCUCCUCCAAGCCGCAAAGAUAUUUUUUCUCAUCAAGUAUAAAAGCUGAUCUAGAAGAUUUCCGUGCCCGAGAGGAGAAAAGGGAAGCAGAAUUUCAGGAGAAACAACAGGAAGAAUUCAAGCAAAAAGGAUCAACACAGACCGAACAGAAUAUUCGAAUUAAAAUUCUGGAAGCUACAUUGCCUUUUGUCUCUACACAUGGUUGGACAAAAAAGUCACUAGCUUUGGGAGCUGAGGCUGCAGGGUAUCCUUCAGUGACACAUGGAUUAUUCCGAGACGGUGGCAUCGAGCUAAUCUAUUACUUUUAUGGGAAAUGCAAUGAUGAGCUUGUUUCUUAUUUAAAAGAGAAGACCAAAAAUGGAGAUCAGAAAGUUGACAAAACUAUUGAAUUUAUAACUGAUGCUACGAAAACUCGCUUACAAAUGCUAGAACCAUUUAUUCCUGUGUGGCCUCAAGCUGUUGCUGUAAUGUCUUUACCGCAAAAUGUACCCACUUCAUUAGCACAACUGUUGACAUUAGUGGAUGAUAUUUGCUAUUAUUCUGGUGAUAGGUCGGUAGACUUUAAAUGGUAUAUCAGACGAGUGGGCUUAGCAGCAAUCUUCAAGAUGACAGAAGUCUUCAUGUUACAAGACUCGUCUGUCGAUCACCAGGAAACAUGGAGAUUUCUAAAACGUCGUAUGGAGGAAGCUUCUUACAUACUAGAAUUCUUUGAUCAAUCAGAAGGAUUGACGCACAAUAUGCAGAAGGGAUUCACAUCCGCGUUUAUAACGGCACGGAAUAUUAUUGGGAUUGACUAUGGUAAAAGAUAGGUACAAAAAGGGGUAAAAUUUUGGACUAGGUUUGGAAUUAACAUGUAACAUUAAUUAAAUAUAAAUCAGAAUAAAGCAAAUAUAAUAAUA